AUGGACACCCUCGUCGCCCAGUACGCCCGGCCGUCGAGCUUCCAAGGCGACCAUGAGAGCGAGCAGCAAGAUGUCCUAGAGAGAGCUCCUCCGCUGUCUCUCAGAUUCUCUCUUCCACCUAUCGAGAGGCCAUCCGCCUUCCUACGAGCAACGACAGACGACCAUUCCAACCCAGAUUGCCCUAUCAAGCUUGCUCACGGUACAACAACCCUCGCUUUUAGAUUCCAGGGGGGUAUAAUUGUGGCUACAGACUCGAGAGCCACGGCAGGAAACUGGAUAGCCAGCCAGACCGUCAAGAAGGUCAUUGAGAUCAACAGCUGUCUGCUUGGGACCAUGGCCGGUGGUGCUGCCGACUGCCAAUACUGGCUAGCAUACCUGGGCAUGCAAUGCCGUCUUCACGAGCUCCGACAUAAACGCCGUAUCUCCGUUGCUGCCGCCUCUAAGAUCCUUGCCAACCUGGUCUACAACUACAAGGGAAUGGGCCUCAGUAUGGGGACUAUGUGCGCCGGUGUCACACCCGAAGAAGGUCCUGCGCUGUAUUAUAUCGAUUCCGAUGGCACUCGAUUAGCAGGAAACCUGUUCUGCGUUGGAUCUGGUCAGACAUUCGCAUAUGGCGUGCUGGAUGCGGAGUACCGAUACGACUUGACGGAGGAGGAGGCCCUCGCUCUUGGGUCUAGAAGUAUUCUUGCUGCCACACACAGAGAUGCCUACUCUGGUGGCUUUAUCAACUUAUACCACGUCAAGGAGGAGGGAUGGGUGAAACAUGGAUUCAGCGACACGAACCCUAUUUUCUGGAACACCAAGCUAGAGAAGGGCGAGUUUUCAAACGUUUCUGAGAAUAUUGUCAACUAG